AUGAAGUCCUGGCUACCAAUUGCCCCACGAUCUCACUUCUCGCCCCAAAACAUCCCUUUCGGGGUGAUAUCCAGCAAGGAAAAGCAGCAGCAUCGCCCGGCUGUUGCUAUUGGGGACCAUGUUCUUGACCUAGACGCAUUCGCUCAAGGCGGUGGCUUUCGCAAAGCGCCUACGCUCUCGGCAGAUCAAUUGAAAGUGUUUUCGCAGCCUACCCUCAACUCAUUUGCGGAAUUGGGACGGCCAGUACAUCGAAUCGUCCGGUCGUACUUGCAAGAGGUCUUUCAAGACAGCACCCCUCACCCAGACAUCCUUAAGGACAACGACGCCCUGAAGAAAUCGGCUUUGCGUCCUGUAUCGGAAGUAUCUUUGCAUCUCCCUUUUGCGAUAGGAGAUUACACGGACUUUUUCGCCGGGCGCAAUCACGCGCACAACGUCGGCACCCUGUUUCGCGGAGCGGCCAACGCACUGCAGCCAAACUACAAUCACCUGCCGGUCGCUUAUCACGGCCGAGCCAGUUCCGUUGUAGUCUCCGGCACCCCGCUCCGGAGGCCGUGGGGACAGGCCUUGCCGGCACCCGGCGCCACCGAGCCGGUCUUCCGGCCUUGUGCGCGUCUCGAUAUUGAGCUUGAGAUGGGCAUGUUCAUCUGCAAGCCCAACAAUCUUGGAAGUCCGAUCCCUGUCAACGAGGCUGAGGAGUAUAUCUUUGGAUAUGUGUUGAUGAACGACUGGAGCGCAAGGGAUAUUCAGCAGUGGGAAUACGUUCCCCUUGGCCCAUUCAAUGCGAAGAAUUUUGGCACCUCAAUCAGCCCUUGGGUGGUGCUCGCUGAUGCGCUGGAGCCGUUCCGAACGAAAGGACUGCCGAAUGAUGUGCAGCUGCAAUCAUACUUGCGAGAAAACCGAGCUGAAAAUGUUCUGGACAUCAACUUGGAGGUUUCUCUGUCUGCCUCAGGAGGUGAGGAAACCAUUCUCACUCGAACUUCUGCGAAGAACCUUUUGUGGUCUUGGCCCCAGAUGGUAGCACAUCAUUCAAUCUCAGGCUGUAACCUUCGUGCAGGGGACUUGCUUGGCUCAGGGACCGUUUCUGGGUCUGAACCUGGCACUCAAGGAAGCCUCUUAGAACAGUCGCAAGGCGGCAAGGUCCCUAUCAAGUUGAAUGGUGGACAAGAACGUAAGUUUCUCCAAGACGGAGAUACAGUUGUCAUCAAGGGCUGGGCUGGUGGAGCAGACGGCGAGCUAGUCGGAUUUGGAGAGUGUUCUGGCCAAAUUUUGGCACCGAUAGCAUUCUAG